CAGGAAGAGAAAUGUUUGAUGGCCGUCUUUUUUCCCCUCUCUCUAUUUUUUUUCAAAUAUUUGGUGCACGAGCGUUAAUGGUUGAGCGCCUUCACUUUUGGUCAAAUUCUCAUUGUCCAUCCCAGAGGCGUUGUCAUGGCGUCCACUGUUCACGUUAAGAUUGGCAUUAUUGGAGGCUCAGGACUGGAUGAUCCCGACAUUUUGGAGGGGAGAACCGAACGCUAUGUGGACACACCGUAUGGGAAGCCAUCAGAUGCGUUGAUCUUGGGGAAGAUCAAAAAUGUGGAAUGUGUGCUUCUUGCAAGGCAUGGAAGGCAACACACCAUAAUGCCAUCCAACGUGAACUACCGGGCCAACAUCUGGGCUCUCAGAGAAGAAGGCUGUACGCAUCUGCUGGUCACUACGGCGUGCGGCUCGCUGCGGGAGGAGAUCCAGCCAGGAGACAUUGUAAUCAUAGAUCAGUUCAUUGACAGGACGACAAAGAGACAUCAGACCCUGUACGACGGGCAGCCCACCAGUCCUCCGGGGGUGUGUCACAUCCCCAUGGCCGAGCCCUUCUGCAACAGAACCAGAGAGGUCUUGUUGGAAGUGGCUCGGAGUCUGGGGGUGAAAUGUCAUCACCGAGGGACCAUGCUGACCAUCGAGGGGCCUCGCUUCUCCUCGCGGGCCGAGAGCCUGAUGUUCCGCCAGUGGGGCGCCGAUGUCAUCAACAUGACCACCGUGCCAGAGGUGGUCCUUGCCAAAGAAGCAGGCUUGUGUUACGCCAGCAUUGCCAUGGCAACAGACUAUGACUGUUGGAAGGAGCAUGAGGAGGCUGUCUGCGUGGACAACGUUUUGAAGACCAUGAAGGAGAAUGCUAACAAAGCAAGCAGCAUUCUGCUCACCGCAAUACCGCACAUCAGUCAAAUGGACUGGGCUCAGACAAUGAAGACUUUGAAAUCCAUGGCCCAAUCCUCCGUGAUGUUACCCAAGCACUGAACCAGGAACCAAACAACCAGAGCGGGAUAAAAACAGCAGACAAACUCAACUCUGCCUGUGAAUUCGUCAGCAGUGAAUCAUAGGAAAAGUGCCUCACACUAAUAAUAAAUCCAAAAUCAGCAGGAGAUUCAGUAUUUUAUCUCUGGUCCUAGUGAAUCUAUUUGUCACAUUGUACAGAUUCACAGUUUUUCUCCGUAAAGUUGUCUUUGUCACCUGUUUUCCUUUUUUUCGUUACAUUAGUUGCCUUUAUAGAUCUUCAGGCAGAAGAUACGCCUUGACCGCUUCACUAUCAUUUCAGUAAAAUGUUACUUUAAAAGCUUAUCUUUUUUGUUGUAUUAAUUUUGGGAAGUCAAAGGUUCUCUGUAUUAAAGUGACAUUUAAAAUAAAGUUGCUGCAGGGUAAAAUGCAAACAUAUUUCAAGUUAGCUGCUAAUAUUCAGUAUUUGGAGUUAGAAAAACCUUCUUUGCCUGUAUGUAUCCACACUGAUAGUAUCUGAUAAAUGUAGUACUUUAUAUGUAUUGAAAUUGGCAGUUUUACAAUAUUAUAUUUUUGCACUUACUAAGCUUCACUGCUUGUUUUGUUUGCAUUCACUGAAGCUGUACUUCCUUUUUGUUUUCACAUUAAAGUUUCACGCCUGGCUGAAAGAAAAAAAAACAAAAGCGGCAAAUUUGAUGGAAUUAUUUUGAUCAUUCUCCUAAUUAAAGGGAAUAAUUAUA